GUGUUUCAAGAUGUCAGAGGUCUACAACUGACACAGGUACGGUCCCUGAUCUCCUUUUUACAGAAAGUUUGUCAAGACUCACCAACAGUGUUCUGCGUCGAUCUCAAAUGUGCACUUAGAGCUUCCUGUUUGGAGAAAGUAAUUUUCUACUGGUUGAACUGAGCAAGAACAGAGAUUCUGAGUUACUUCCUUGUUGGAACUGGAAACACAAACUCUAUUCAAACAUAUGGGUCCAUUGACUCCAGGCCGAAACAAGACAGUCAAUGAAAUCUCCUCUGACACUCAAGUUUUUGAAGAAAUUAAGAUUACGAAUAUAUUGAAAAAUAACAUGAGAUCCUGUCAGCUUCUGUCGUAGAUUGAAGAAUUUGCACGUCAUCACUGAAAAUGAGUCAUGUGGGACAAGAAAGUCAGGGGACGGGACUGAAAGACGUCUUUGACAUAGUAAUCAAAGCACCUCCGAAUAGACUGUUAAGUCUGACAUUCCAGCUGGGUGAGUCUCCUGAAGAUAAUAUCAUACAAGCCCUAUGUCUGCUCGUUCUCAAGAAAGAGGAGCGGGCCCUGAACAAACUCCAGAUGCUGAAAAACAACUCUCUCGCUCAACUUCUGGCUGAAAAGUGGCAGGUGAGUGAAGGCAAAUUAGAAGAUUUUGCCACUCAUUGUGCUCAUUUGCAAGAGUUUACAGGAGAAGCUUUGGCACUGUUGGCUCGUAUUUUCAAGGUUUUGUCAGAACAGAGGCUUUGUGAUACAAGUCUGAGAAAUCUAGCUUAUAAGAGAGCCCUUUCAAGUGACAAUCAAAAAACAAGCAACUGCGAGUACCUUGAGUAUGACCAAUUCAGAGAGGAAGCUAAAUAUAUCUGUGGGCCUCAGGUUGCAGAGUGGUUGUGCUCCUUAAAGAAUCAGAAGCAAGGGUCUGUCCAGGAUCCCCAUGACUGCCCGGAUGAAGAAAGUACAACUUUAAAAGUAACCCUGUCGCAGGAUCAGUCAGAGAGAGCUUACAGUCUGCCUAGUCCCCUGCAAGCGACCUCUUUAUCGCCCUCAUAUCCCACUCAUCUAGAGAUAAGUAUGCCCCCAACAGCCUCAUAUCAGGAAAACAGAGUAACCCCAGAAACAUCAGAUGCUUCCAAAAUAAACACCUUUGUCCCCCGUGUUGGUGAAUCUCACACAUCUCAGCCUGAUUCCAAUGAACCCCCUACAUUUGGUGCAAAGAAACCCUUCAAAAUGGAGGAAGCCGCAAAGGGCGGUGAGUUGGACAGUCUUAUCACUCAUGAGACUAAGAAUCUUCACGAAACCUCCAAACCAGCCACAGCAUUACCCACCGCAACCAACAAUUUUAGACCCAAGAUGCCUGCUCCAAAGGAAGUGCAUGAAAGUAAAGGUGCAGAGGUGGAGGACGAGCCCAUUUUUUACAGCUUUGUUAUCUUCCACGCAGCUGAAGAUGCAGAUAUGGCUGAAAGCAUGAAGGAAAAACUGGAAAAGGUCAUUGAUAUUGAGGGUGCAACUUUUUCUGGGGACUUUGCUAUACCAGGGAUGAGCACUCUGAGGAGUGUGGAAGAUGCUAUCAACAACUCGGCGUACACUGUUCUGCUGCUUACCCGCAACUUCAAUAACCGCAUGCAAAUGAUGGAGACAGACUCUGCUCUUGUAAACUCCAUAAAGAAGAAACAUAAAGAUGGCACAGUUAUCCCUCUGCUGCCAAGGGAGAACAGCAUGCCUAAAGAUAGCCUCCCUCUGGUUUUGCAGACAAUAAAUACACUCGAGGAGAAUAGGAGCUUUGACAGGAAACUACGAAAGGUAUUUUCUCCAGGGCGAAUAAAAAAUCAGAGGGAAAUCUGGAUUGCAGACCAGAAAGUGAAAAUGCAGAUGAAGAGACAGGAGGCUCUGAAAACCUUAAAUUGGCACCAAAAGCAAUUAAUUGGUGAGUGUACAAAAGCAGAGCUGCUGCAGAAAGAUAACCUGAUGCUUUUAAUGCAACAGGAACUUCACCUCGGCCCAAGAGUCCCACCAGAACUGCAACAUAUUCACAUUAAUAAUGCUAAGUACAUUGUGAUUGGUAAUGACUCUCGAAUGAAUGUUGUUUCGGAUGAACAUACAGACAGAGAUGAUUCAAUUAACAGAGAUGAAGACUGCUCUUAAUAUUACGAAGUGUUAAAGGCAGAGUCUAAAUGACCCUUUGCCAUGCCGUGUACAUGUGUGACAGGUCAAAGUCUCGACUCAAUUUGAAUCCUCUUUUUCCAAUAAUCUUUGGAUAAAAUAGACAUUUUCUGGGGUCAACGUAUUUUAAACUGAGGGAAAAAUAAAAACAUUUGUCUGAACACUAAAAUAUCCGAGCUGUAAAAAACGCUGUAGAUUGUUUCAUUGCAUUUAAACCUGUUGGUGAAAGAGAAUUUAAUGCAGUGACAUCUUGAUGAUUGUAAAGAGAGUCUCAUGAACAAAACAAGAACAUCAGAAGAAUAUUUAGCAGAGGACUGCCAUCUAUUGACUGAAAUGUGAUGUACAAUUCUUGAUCCCAGCUGCUGUAUGAACCCACUGAAGACACCAGGGAGCAGCAUUGUCACGCGCUCCUUGUUGCCCUUCACAGGAUGUCUGAAGUGCAGGGUCAACCUAUGCACCACUGUUCUUAAUUUAAAAGCUGAAAGAUCAAUUAAAAUGUUUAUUUGAUCAUUUUCCAA